AUGUUAGCAGUAUUAAUACGGCACUCAUCACAAGCCGAUUGCGAUGUGAAUGAGUCGCGCAAAAUGGACGGCGCGAUGGCCCGACUGCUAACUAUUGGUAACUCCGGCCGACACUUUCCCGAAUCUAAAGGCCACGAUCUGAAACAGUACUGCAACGAAACAAAGACCCUGAUCGCACAAAUUGAAAGUUACAAAAAUAAAUGCCUUAAAGAUCUGGGAAAACAAGUGACGGGUGUUAUCGUGUAUUCGGUGAAAAACUCGGUCAGUCAACUGUGCAAACGGGACUCAAAAAGGUUGAACGAGCUAAUUAGCGCAGCACCCUGUAUGAAUCGGGGUUCGAACGAGAUCAAUAAAUGUUACACACGUUAUAUUGACGGAGUUAUGGGCGCCAAACACGCUGUGGAUAAGAAAAAGAUACCGCAUAAUUGUUGUGAAUAUUUUCGUAUAUUCGCCUGCUCUGAGACACGUAUGCGUAAAGUGAAGGGUUGUAAUGAACAACAGGUGGACGUAACACUUGAUUGGAUUCGCUCACUGUUUGGCAAUGUUAUCGAUUUAAUAUGCAGUGACUAUACAGAGGGGUCCGAUAAAUGUGCACAAUUAGACCCGGCAAACGCACCGGUAGUCCUAUGGCUGAACGGAGGGCCCGGUUGUAGUUCACUACUAGCCCUGGCCACUGAAAAUGGCCCAUAUCAUUUCAAACCCGAUGGUAAAACUGUUGAUCUAACUGAACAUAGUUGGAAUUCAGUGGCAAAUGUACUAUACCUGGAGUCACCGGCGGGAACCGGGUUUAGUUACGACGAUAAUAAUAACUAUACAAAUACCGAUGAGUCGACUGCGUUGGAUAACUACUUAUCGUUGGAAAGUUUUUUUGAAAAGUUCCCAAAACUCCGCAAAAAUGAGUUUUAUAUUACAGGCGAGAGUUAUGCCGGCGUUUAUAUACCGAUGUUAGCCAAUCAGAUAUAUCGACACAACUCGUCCAUCAAUUUGAAAGGUGCGGCGAUAGGAAACGGGCUAUUAUUAAAUAAAAAAUUUGAAGCCUUCGGUCAGCCCGAGUAUGACUACGCUUUAGGGCACGGAUUGAUUACUACUGAAGCCUAUGAGAAAAAGAUUGAGAGUUGCUGUGAGUGUACGGCCGGUGCCGUUCAGCACGAGUGCAAUUUUAACAAUCCGCCUAAUAAAACUAAAUGCGAUUUGGUACAAGUGGACACCGUCCAAAUCGCCAACCUGUACAACAUAUACAGCGAGUGUCCGCCUGACGUACUAAUGCAUCAGGUAUUUGACACAUACUAUAAGCCGGCAUUCAAGCGAAUUGGCCUUAACUACAACAUUAAGCCAAACAACGGGGUAAACACACCACCAAAAUGUGUCCGAACCGGUGUCACCGCGUAUAUGAACACCGAUGCGGUCAGAACGGCACUACACGUACGGCCGGGUAGUAAACGGUGGUCCACUAUCGACGGACCCUACGACCCAAUACACUACAUGACCCCACAGGCAGACACUGUUCAACAAUUGAUAAAUACGUAUAAAAUACCGAAACUUAUUGUAUAUAACGGCGACUUUGAUUCGGUGUGUAAUUUCAUUGGCGAUCAGAGGUUUGUCGAUAGUCUGGGCUUUAAAACCGCAGGUCAUUACAGGUAUGCCUUGGCUUUAGUUAUAACAAGGUUUGUCGAUAGUCUGGGCUUUAAAACCGCAGGUCAUUACAGGGAGUGGACAGUCGACGGCACAAGCGAUGGAGUGAUCGGCGGUUUUGUACAGAAUUAUGAAAAGGGGUUGAGUUUUGUUGUGGUUCGCGGCGCCGGACAUAUGGUGCCCACCGAUAAGCCCGAGGCAGCCAUUCAGAUACUUAAAGGGUUGCUGGGAUUAGCAAAACUAUAG